UCGCUCUAACGAAAUCGUUGGGAAAUUACGUGCGGAUACCGGACGGAAUUAUCGCUUGUAUAUAUCCGUCGCCGUGCAAUAUACACAAACGCGUAUCGGCAAAUUGUGCGUGUGUACUACACGCUGCACACGACGAAGCAAAAAAUAUUUUCAAGCUUGCAACAGCAAACUCGCGCGCGUGCUGAAUGGAAAAAUAAGCAAAUCCAGCAUGAAAAUAUCUAAACCAAGCAACGAAAAUUUCGGCAGGAAAUCGUCUAUAGAGUUGAAAAAUUUUUGGGUGUAAAAUUAGUGUGCGUGUGAAAAUUUAUAUAUAUAAAAGCAAAAUUCAUUGAAAAAUAUUCGAGCCAACAAAACGCAGAAUUUCAGAAAAUCAAUGUGCAGCCCAAGUGGAAGAAAAUGUGCAAACACUUAGAAAAAACAUAGAGUGAGUGCUGUGCAAAGGAAGAGAAUUGGAAAUUGGAAAAUUUUGCUUAGGCAGUAGUGCGAAAAGUGGGUGUACAUACAUACAUAUGUGCAUGUAGUAAUUUCUGCCCCAAAGCACCAGUACGAGGAGCAUAAAAAUCGAAGCAGUGGAAGCUGAAGCUGUAACUGAGCCUGAGUAAGCGGCAAGGCAGGCGGUACGCAGGCGGGCGGCUAGUCAGCAGCGUUUACUGCCGGCAGCAGCACUCGUCAACUGAAUAGCAAAAACGCACACGGCUGCAAUCACUAAUUCGUGCGAGUGUAUGCAAACUUUGUGAUUUAUCCCACCUACGCGUUGGAUUUGCAGUUUGUUUAUCAAAACGUUUAAGGGGAGUGCGUAAGGGCCGAUGAAACCAAUCGCCUGAGGAAUCACAAAUGUGAACCAACGAAACUGAAAAUAUUAUUACAACAGAACCUCGAAAUGUUAAAGCUCAUCGUUAAGAGAAUAUAAACGCAUAACCUAGCAAAAACAUACGUAUGUGUAUUGAAAAAAUAUAAAUUUUCAACAAUACUGCAAUCAGAAACCUUCAAAAGCUCAUAUCAUCACACAGCAAACACCAAUCACGCCCACCACCCUCAACUUCACUCCACACCAUAACUCAUUGUCCAACUAGCAUCUCUUCAAACUUUUCUCCUACAACUGCCACCACUUCUUCUUCUUCUUCUUCUUCGUCCCGCUGUUUACAUAAAAAGCCAUCAAAAUUAAGUUCUCAAAGCAGAAUCAUCACGCAUACCGUCACACCGAGAACAUCUACGACGGUGGCACCGAUACUGACGACGACGAAUGCCCGUUGGAGUCCACCACGAUGAAUCCGUAUGAGUACGAAACGACACUGGACUGUCGGGAUGUGGAUGCACGCGGCAACGGCGGCGGCGGCGGCGGCGGUGGUGGUGGUGGUGGCGGGACUGGUGCUGGUGCUGGUGGUGGCGGUAUGAUGAGCUUGCGUCACAAUCCAUCCUCGACACAUUCACAUCAAAAUACGCUGCAACAUCAGAAUCAACAAAAUUUACAAUUGCAACAACAACAUCUACAGCAAUCACCAUACGAUUAUGAAUACCAACACUUGCCACAUCGCGCUGGUGAAUUGGCCGCAGCGGCAGCGGCUGCAGCAGCAGCAGCAGCAGCAGCUAACAACAGCAGCAGUAAUGCAAUGUCAACGGCACAGCGUAAUACACACGGCAGACCAGGCUACCUCCUUGAAGGAGUUACGCCAUCGGCACCACCGGAUGUCCCACCAAGGAAUCCAACAAUGAAUCGCAUGAAUAAUGGCCGUUUAGUCCCUGGUAACCCAAAUGAUUUGGGCGUUGAUUUCGAGCCAUCGUGUUUGGUGCGAACCCCAUCGGGCAACGUCUACAUUCCAAGUGGAAAUUUAA